UGGAGUGGGGAAAUAUAAUAAUUAAAAAAAGAUGAAAGAAGAGGGGGCGAUAUUUCACGCCGUUAUGAAAGCGGAUAUCAUUCGCCAAACUUCAGUGAACUGCGGGAUUUAGUUGUUUCUGGAUUAGGGUUCACAAUGCCAGAACUGAGUUGGAGACAUCACACUCUCAUUCAAUCGCUACUCUCUCGCGGCCCACUCAGAGAGGAUCAGUUUCAUUUGCUGUUUAAGCAAAUCACUGGAAAAACUCCAGAUAAUGACCAGCAGGUUUUUAACAGUUACCUCCUGACUAUAAAUAAAGCACUUUCUUUUGCUCAGUUUGAGUUGAGAGGCUGUAGAAACCAAUAUGAUGGACGUGUUUACUAUGGCUUGGUAAAUAAUGUAUCUGACGACCAAUCCAAGCUGGGAACAAAGUAUUCAGUUCCACAGAUUGCCCUUUUUAAAGCCAUCGUUGAAGCAAUUGCACAAGAUUCAUCUGCUCAAGGUGGAAUAUCAAAUAUUUCUGCUCUUAAUCUGCAGCUGGAAAAUCAGGCUUUUGAUUUGCCAAAUUUCACCAUUGUGGGUAAAGUUGAAAAGAGAACCAGCAAACGUUCCAGCCCCUUGUUAUUGUAUCAGUCUGGGGGAUACAGGAUCCCAGUCCCAAGUCAUAUGCCAGCUGCUUUCAAGAAUUUCUCAAAAUCUCACAAGGAAAAAACAAUUGCUGAGCUUGCUCAGGAUAAGUGGCUUGAUUGCACCCCUGAUGGCUUUGUAAAUUUGGGCGUCCGAUCGUUUCUUGAUUUGCGAAGUUGGUUCCGCAGCAAUGAUGUACCUUCAUGUGAAGUGUGCAAUGAAGCUGGAGUGAAGGCAGAGUUGUGUAGUACUGAAGUUUGCACUGUCCGGGUCCAUCAGUAUUGCCUUAAGAAAAUGUUAUCCAAUAAAAAGAGUAAAAAGGCCUGUCCAGGUUGUGGCACUCGAUGGCAAUCUACAACGUCCAACAUAGAGCCCAAGGAGGAAGAGGAUGAGCCGGAUACACGCACUCAAGAUCAACCAUCAUCACAUAAGAGGAAGAAAUCCAGGUUGAACGUAGAUAUUGAUUUAGGACCAAACGAAGACAGUACCGCAGAAGCUUCCCAACCUCCUCCUACAAGGAGAACAACACGAAGUUCUGCACGCCAGCGGUAGGUCUUGGAAUGAGGUGCUGUUAUUUUUAUACAGUUUCAUGUAUACUAUCAUUAGUUUAGGAGUUGUAAAGUGUGCAACAAAAGCACUUUUUGAUGUCUUGUCGAAAUUGUCACCUUAUUUAUAUUUAUUUGAAGUGUCAUUUUGAAAUCUUUAUACCCAAAACCGGAAUGCAAAGUGCAUUACAGUACGUAAGCCAGAAGUAGAAGUUUUCUUUUACCUCCCCUAAACUGUAGCUUUGGUUCUCCUUUCUUGUCCUCUAUAAAUGCAAGGAACCUGCUCUUCCAUUGUAAGUAUCCAA